AUGAUGCGUCUAAUGUCUUUGGCUGCGCUGUUUGUGGUGAACGUCCUCCUGGCCGUCACCAGUAGCGUCGCCCUUGCCAGCAUCCCCCGCAACGGGUGGUACGGCUGCCCCCUCAGCACCUUCGACGGGCGAUUGGACUGCCCCGCGGCCCAAGCGCUGAGCUUAGGCAGCCGCAACGGCAACAACAUCGCAUUGGAAGAAGUCCCAAGCUGUUUGAAGGACAUCCAUCACCAAUUCGGUACCAAUGCCGCGGCCGCGUACUCCAUCACGAACGCAGCGAAGGAUUUGGCCGUGCUGAUUGAGACCGAAAUGGCUGACUACGACGUGUAUCUGUACGGGAUGAGCUACGGCACGUUGGUAGUGGAACGCCUGAUGCACUUCUCGCCGCCCCAAGUCAAGGGCUACAUCCUCGACAGCAUCUGUGCCGACCACUACGAACCUCAAGGGACCGGAAACAACCAAAUGUUUAACAACUGGGACGACGACGUCAAGGACGUGAGUCAGCACUUCCUGGACCUUUGCCACAAGGAUACGGCCGUGUGCGGCAAACUCCUAGGCGAAAACGCCACCGUCACCUUAUUCAACCUGUACGACACGCUGGAUGCGAACGCAUCGGCAUGCUCGGCUAUCUUUUACGACGCGCUCGAGAUCAAGCCAUCCGUGUUUCUCCGCCUGUUCUUUUUCAAGCUUCUCGGCCGCUACGACAGUCGCAAGUUCAUCCCGACGUUUGCCGCCCGCCUAGAGCGCUGCAAUGCCCAAGAUAAGGACGUGAUGACCGCGAUUCUAACCAAAAAUGAUCCAGCAGAGACUUCUCUGGUCUUGCACUCUAACCUCCUACACGACACCAUCGUGCAUUCCGAGGUGUGGCAAGUGCCCACGCCGUCAAUGGAGGACAUCCUGCAGCAGUUCCUGGCGUCGCCUAUUGCCCUGAACGACCCGGACAAAGUCGGGAGCUACUGCCUCUUCACGGGCUCCAACUCGUCUGGGUGUGAGCCGUGGGCCGAUAUGAACGUCCCCCUCUGGACAUAUACCUCGGACAAGUACUUCAACAAAACCGCGGCCAAUCCCAUCGGGGUGUCUGUGCUCGGUCUCACGGGCAACUUGGACCCCGUGACCCCGUCAAAGCAUGCCCGACGACACUUUAACAACAUGAAAGGCGACAACAAGAAACUGGUUGAGUUCCCCGUGGCAGUACAUGGCGUCAUUGGGAACACCCCCCUGUCGGACAACCACACUGAUCCCCAUUGCGGCUUGCUUGUGGUCGCUGAAUUUCUUCGCGCCAGCGGCGCGCUGGACGCGAUGAACUUGACCUGCAUGGACAAGGUGCAGCCUCUCAAUUUCGACAUCCCGGACGCCUUGGACCUCGAGCUGUUUGAUCUGGACGGCGGCUAUACGGCGACCGGGUAUCAUCUGUGGGACUACUUCACCAAGGAAGACUACAUCGAAGUCGUUCGCGAGAACGAGUUGAACCAAAACGCCCGCUCCGCCGUCAAGUACGAACAAGAUAUGGUGCCCCAGAGCUGA